AUGGGUAACUCGUCUUGUUGUCUUCGGAGUAGUGAUGCUGUGCCGAGAGACGAGAAAAACUACGCGUACGAAGGCCAAUAUACGCGGAGCAAUCAGGUGGAGUUUCAAUAUGUGAACCAGUCUUUUCCACGAGAUGAGACGUCAACAAAUUUUCUUCCACAUAUCAGCGAACGUGAAGUGCCUGAAGUUGGAGAAGAAGAUCCAUCUACUCAUCCCACUGCACGUCCGACCUUUAUGGAACGAAGUAAAAGUGAAAUGAAAUUGAAAGAUAAUCGUCGAUCUUGCUACAUGCUGGAUGCUGUGGCUGGGGGCGGCGGUUUUCCGGGUGUGUUGCCAAAAAGUCUCCGUAAAUCAAGUAGUUGUAGCACAAUUUAUAUGGAUGACUCCACGAUUAGUCAACCGAAUCUGAAGAAUACGAUCAAAUGUAUAUCAUUGGCGAUAUAUUAUCAUAUCGCUAAUAGGAAAAAUCGUUCACAUGAACGGCUUAUGGAAAUAUUUGAGGAGCGACUUCAUCCAAUCACUCGUGAGGCAUUGCCACCUGAGCUAAUGACAAAGGAUCCAGAUCACAGGCAAAUUUACCGAUUUGUUCGUACACUCUUCCAUUCUGCUCAACUAACAGCCGAAUGCGCCAUAAUAACAUUGGUGUAUAUAGAACGUCUCUUGAAUUACGCUGAAAUGGAUUUAUGUCCUUCAAACUGGCGGAGAGUCGUAUUAGGCGCUAUUAUGUUAGCAUCCAAGGUCUGGGAUGAUCAAGCUGUAUGGAAUGUUGACUACUGCCAAAUCUUACGAGAUACGAAUGUAGAUGAUAUGAACGAAUUGGAGCGACGUUUUCUCGAGUGCCUUGACUUUAACAUUGAAGUACCUUCAUCCGUGUAUGCAAAGUAUUAUUUCGAUUUGCGGACCCUUGCCCUGGCAAAUGACUUACAACUACCCCUUCAGCCGCUCUACAAGGAACGUGCAAAACGUUUAGAAGCAGUAAGCAGAGUAUAUGAAGAUAAAUUUCACAACUUCAAGCGAAGUUUCUCUGCAGAACGAAUCCAUAAUGAAAGGAGGGCUCCUACCCUUCUUUCAAGACUGAUAUCAUUACAGCAAGGUCACGUUCCGGUGUCGCGUACUAGACUUCGCAGCACACACUUUCCGUAUUUCACUCUCAAACUUGCCAUAACGAUGUGUGACCAUAACCACCAAGGUGCAGGAGGCUGCCAUCAUGAGGCUACCGACUUUUAUGACAAUAACAGUGAUGUUAAGCGGUACGACAUGUAUCAAUAUAUUGACAUGGAAAAGGUAACAGUAUUAAAUGAAAGCGUUGAUGGUAGUGGAAAACUGGUGUUCAAAAACAUGGAGAAGAGAAUGGACAAGACCGAAUUUGUGGAAAGCGACUGCGAUGAAGAGCUGCUAUUUAAUAUACCAUUCUGUGGUCAAGUGCGUAUUACUGGUAUCGCUGUGAUCGGUGAUGAAGAUUCUAGUCAUCCAGCGAAAAUUCGCCUGUUCAAGGACAGACCAGCCAUGUGUUUCGAUGAUUGUGGUAUAGAAGCUGACCAAGAAAUUGACCUCAAACAGGACCCGAAUGGUGUUGUCGAUUAUCCUUUAAAGGCGUCAAAAUUUGGUACUCUUUCUCAUCUUAGCAUACACGUUCAGAAGAAUUUCGGAGCUGAUCUGACAAAGGUGUUCUACAUUGGCCUACGAGGAGAGUAUGAAGCCGAUUUCAAGCAACGGGUUGCUAUCGCCACUUAUGAGAGCCGACCAAUGUUGAAAGACCAUAAAGGCGAGAUUCCUGACUCCAUUAGGCAUUCACUUUUCUAA